CUUCCGGUCCCGCUGCCCUCACCGAAUAUGGCGGCGGUGGAGAAGCGGCGACCCGCGGUGGCCCCGGCGGCCAGUUUCACAGACACCGGCCGACCGGCGAUGUCCCAGGCGGCUGCAACGGCCGAGAACGAGGAGGACUUCCUGCGGCAGGUCGGCGUGACGGAGAUGCUGCGCGCGGCCCUGCUGAAGGUGCUGGAGGCGCGGCCCGAGGAACCGAUCGCCUUCCUGGCUCAUUAUUUCGAGAAUAUGGGCCUGCGCUCGCCUGCAAAUAGCGGCACUGGGGAGCCGCAGGGCCAGCUCCUGCUGCAGCAGCAGCGCCUGGGCCGCGCACUGUGGCACCUUCGCCUGGCUCACCACUCCCAGAGGGCGGCCUUCAACAACAACGUGGGCGUGGCCUACCAGUGCCUGAGCGCCGGCGGGCGCAGGAAGAAGCCGGGGCUGGACGGGCGCACCUACAGCGAGCUGCUCAGGCGCAUCUGCCGCGAUGGGGAGGCCCCCGAGGAGGUGGUGGCGCCGCUGCUGCGCAAGAUCCAGUGCCGCGACCACGAGGCGGUGCCGCUGGACGUCUUCCGCGCCGGCAUGCUCACCUGCUUCGUGCUGCUGGAGUUCGUGGCGCGCGCUGGGGCCCUCUACCAGCUGCUGCAGGACCCAGACCGGGCCGUGGCCGACCGCCGCGUGGGCCAGGCCGUGCUGGACACCCUGGAGGCGGCCCUGCAGGCCAGCGAGGGCGCUGCCGCACCUGCCCGCUACCUGGAGGCCGGCUCGCGGCUGGGCCCCGACAGCCUGGCGCUGGCCAUGGACCGCGUCCUGGUGGCGCCGCGGCCCAGCUCCCCCAUGACCCGGGAGGAGUUCCUGGAGAAGGCCGCUGCCCUCUUCAUCGCCAAGGUCAAGCCGGUGGGCUGAGCCCCGCCCCAGCUGCCCCUGCUUAGCCCGGACCGGUGGGUGGAAGAUGGCUCUGGGACCAGGACGGGGCGUCCCUGCGUGCAGGGGGUGCCAGGAGCCCUUCCCAGCCAGCUUCGGAUCUGGAAUGAUGCCCAGCCCCUUGGGGGAGGCCGAGGAUCCCGGGAAGUGGGCAGUCCUCCCCACAUGCCUACACAGGUUCCUUUCUUUAACGGUAAUAAAGUCUAUUCAAAGGCCCA